AUGUAUGUGAAAUGGUUUGAUACAGCAAUGUUUUACUAUGUGAUUUUAGUGAUUUUAGUGAAUGUCACUUUUUGUCAUUUUUGAAUUUCCCGCCGUUCCGUCCCCCGUACGUCCCGACGCUCACAGGGGACGGAACCCAGAUGACAGAUGCCGGCAUCCGCCGGAUUACAUUGUCUGGGACACUGCAGGAGGGACAUCGUGGGAGCGCAGGACAAGGUAAGUGAUACAGGGAUCGUGGAGCAGCGCCGCAUGGUAUUCCCGAGUGUAGCUCGGGGUUACCGCUUGUGCUACACUCGGGAAUACCGCCAGGGAGGU